GAGAACUACUAGCAGAGUUGCUCCGUGCUGCUGCAAGUACGUUGUCAGAGAACUUGUAAGAGGCAGGCAUCGUGGUGUUGGUGAAAGCAACUGUAAUUAGACGUUAGAGAGAUGGCUGUCAAUGUGUACUCGACUAACGUAACAGCAGACAACUUAAGUCGACAUGAUAUGUUGGCUUGGGUAAAUGACUGCUUGGCGUCGAGUUUUACGAAAAUUGAGGAAUUAUGUACCGGCGCUGCCUAUUGUCAGUUCAUGGAUAUGCUAUUUCCAGGAAGUGUUAUUAUGAAAAGAAUAAAAUUCAAGACGAAUCUAGAACAUGAAUAUAUCCAGAACUUCAAAAUUUUGCAGGCUGCCUUUAAAAAGAUGGGAGUUGAUAAGGUAAUUCCAGUAGAUAAAUUAAUAAAAGGAAGAUUUCAGGACAAUUUUGAGUUCCUCCAAUGGUUCAAGAAAUUCUUUGAUGCAAAUUAUGAUGGGCGCGAGUACGAUGCUCUGGAGGCACGUGGUGGCCUGCCACUAGGCAGUGGAAGCCGGACAGGCAGCUUGCAUCAGUUACCUGUCACGGCAGUAACUGGAACAUUGCGCCAACCGAAUCCAAAAAUCAAUAUGCAAACUAGGCCAUCCCCUGCUCCCCCUAUCAAACAGCUGGCAACAAGAGUACAGCCUAGGCCAGCACCAAACAGGCAGUCUGCAUCACAAGUACCAAAUCAAAAGCAAGAUAACAGUCGAAUUGAGGAGUUGAGUACACAGUUGAUGGAAAUGAAACUGACAGUAGAUGGUCUGGAGAAGGAGCGAGAUUUUUACUUUGGCAAACUUAGAGAGAUUGAAGUAAUGUGCCAAGAAAAUGAUAAUGAACAAAACCCUAUAAUUCAAAAAAUACUGGAUAUAUUGUAUGCAACAGAGGAAGGCUUUGCAGCCCCAGAUGAAGUGGAUGGUCAGAUAACUAAUGACCAAAUUGAAGAGGAAUAUUGAAAAAUUUGCAGAAAAAAGAAUGUGAUGAUUAAGGGCUUCAGUAAUUUUUGUGCUAAGUGUCUUCUUUUUUUUUAUACAUGUAUAACUCAGAAUUUUAAAUUAUCCCAGUAAUAAACGUAACACACUAGGUCAAAGCUUUUAAGGGCCCAAGUUUUUUAAUUGCCAUUUUUUGUGAAUUUCAAAAUUGGUGAAAGCAGUUUAUAUUUUAAAGUUGUCACACAGGCAUUGUAUAGAAACCGUAAUUUACUCAUUUCUAGUUGAAUGUAUAUAGUUUAUGGUACGUUUACUUCAAAUGAUUAGUAUUUUAUGAACAGCACACUUCAACAAAAAAGAAAAUAUUUUUUAAGUAUUUUGUGUGUUCACACUUUGUCAAGCAUUUUGUUCAUUGUAAUACUUGUUGAUGUUUCAAAUGUGUGAGCAGUAGCUGCUCAGCCUCUUGGAGGAGUUUGUUACAGUGUGAGUGCUUUACUGCAUUGUGAAGGACACUUGUGAUGCUUUCUCUUGUCUUCAGAAUUACUGAAGGCAUUACUGUAGGCAUUGUUUGCACCAUGAUUUGCUGCUGUCAGGAGAGGUGCUUCAUGUUGUACUGCUGCCGCCAUCAUGUGCAAUUGAUCCGCAGUGAAAUAUUAAUAAUAUACUAUUUGUUGUGUAUUUUGAGCCAUUGAGGUGACUGCAGUGAACUUCAAAACCUCAAUAUAUACUUUGCUCAUCUCGACUAACUAGAAAAAUAUUUAUAUUUGUUUUAGUGUUUUUUCUUUAGUAUUCUCUAAACCCAGUAAAUCUUCAGUUAAUGUAUGAUUUGCAUUUAAUAAAACUUCUCACAUAGAU